CUCCGCUGUGAGGCACAAAAACCUCCUCAGUGAGUUUGAGGAGAACCAAGAGAAGCAGGAUGAGUGACGUCCGGCUGGCUUCAGCCUCCUCCACCGUCUCCACGGUAACAGGAGGCGGUUCCCGCGGCAGCGAGCCUCCGGCGUUCGUCCUGCCGCCCCGUAACGCCCGGGUCGCCCCGGGGGGAGACGCCCGCCUGGAGGGCAAGGUGCGAGGCCACCCGGAGCCUCAGGUCACAUGGUUCAGGGAGGGCCGGGCUGUGGUUGGUGGAGAGCGCUGUGUGGUGCAGCAGGGGGGGCGGGGCACCUUCAGCCUCGUGGUGGGCGGAGUCACGGAGCAGGACGCCGGGCGCUACACCUGUCAGGCAACCAAUCAGGCGGGCAGCCGCCAGGUCACCGUGGAGAUCCUGCUGGAAGAGGCUUCUGGGAUGAGAUACGGCCUCCCUUCGUCCAUGAGAACAGGGUGUCGCUCCACGGCCCCGGCGCUGGAGAACCGGCCCAGUAUCUGGGGCGAGAGCCCGCCGAAGUUCAUCACCAAACCGAGCCGCGUGUUCGCCAAACUGGGACAGACGGGAAAGUUCACCGCCAAGAUCACGGGGCGCCCUCAGCCCCGGGUCACAUGGUACAAGGGGGAGGCGGAGCUUCAGGCCGGCGGGCGAGUCAGCAUGUAUGAGCGCUCGGGCCUCCACUUCCUGGAGAUAAAGGAGGUGCGUGUGGAGGACGCAGGAAGUUACACAUGUUUGGUCUCAAAUGGCGCCGGAACGGCAAACGCCACCGCUGAGCUCAACGUCCAGGGUGUUCCUAACGACUCGUCCAGGACCGUCCACUCACCUGAGUCCUCACACACCAGGAGCAGUCACCUGUCAGCUGCUCCCAGUGUUCCCAGUGUUCCCAGUGUUCCCAGGCCCCAGGGGAAGGAGCAGCAGAGCCCCCCGCCCCUGACUGCCUCCUCCUGGAGGAGCAGACCUGCUGUGCAGCUCCCUCUGGUGGCUGAGAGGAAAACUGCAGCUCAGGUCCGGUCUGUCUCCAGUCCUAGUCCGGUUCAGUCAGUGAUCAGCUCAGACAGCAGCAGGGCUGGGAGAAGGUCCGUGUCGGGGUCCAACCCGUGGUUCGAGGCUGUUCCUCUGGACCAGGAGGCCUCAGAGGGAGCUCAGGUCACGUUCACCUGCCAAGUGUCUUCUGCUGCAGCUGUUGCCGUGGUUACGUGGCUAAAGGACGGCCAGACAGUGAGGACAGCGCUGGGGCUGCAGCAGAGACAGGAUGGGACCCGUCUCACUCUCACCCUGGAGAGAGUGAGACGGGUGGACGGGGGGACAUACAGCUGUCAGCUGAACACCAAUGAGGGACGGACUGUCGCCUCGGCAACCUGGACGCUCAGCGUGCACAAGAGUCCUGCUCCGGCUGCUGCUCGCUCGUCCUGCAUCGACGACAUCUGUGUGUCCAAGAACAGCCACAGCAGAGCGGAUUGUGGCGCCAGAGUCCAGGUCAAAGGCAGACUGCAGAGCUGCAGGUCAAAGGUCACGGAGGUCAGAGGAGUUUGUGAGGCUCCACGCUUCAGCCGCCGCUUGGCCGACCUGAAGGUGAUGGACGGCAGCACAGUCACCAUGACGGUGGAACUGACUGGUCACCCCACUCCGGAGUCGGUGUGGCUCCAUGACGGGCAGGAGGUGACGGAGUCGGAGGACUUCCACCUCCUCAGGGAGGACAACCGCUGCACUCUGCUGAUCCAGGAGGUUUUCCCAGAGGACACGGGGACCUACAGCUGCCAGGCCUGGAACCAGUAUGGAGAGGACCACACCCAGUGCCAGCUCACUGUGGAGGAGCCCCAGGAUGGCGUCCAGCCGUGGUUCAUCACCAAACCCAAACCGGUGAGCUCCGUCGUGGGUCAACACGUCCUCCUGUCGUGCGCUGUGGCCGGAGACCCGUUCCCCCAGUACACCUGGACCAGAGCUGACCAGAGCCAACCUCUGACCUCCGGGGGAGACUACGAGCUGCUGCAGAAAGAGGACGUCAUCUCUCUGCUGAUCAGGAGAGUUAAAAAGCAUCACAGUGGAGACUACCUGAUCACCCUGACGAACAACGUAGGGGAGUGCAGUGCUGUGGCCUGUCUGUCUGUCACUGAGGGAGAGACAGACAGGAUGAGAGGACGAGCCGCAGAGGACGACAGCCCUGCAGCAGGAGGAAGAGGAGGAGGAGGAGGAGCAGCUGGUGGGACCGCGGCGCUGAGAGGAGGCGCCAGAGGAGGAGGAGGAGGAGGAGGAGGCGUGGAGCAGAGAAGCAGCAGCAGCCACGGUGUCAGUCGGCAGUGGCAGGAGGCCAACCAGGAGCAGAAGGAGAACCGGCAGCUCCUGCACCUGCACCAGGAGGAGAAGAAGAAGGAGGGCGCCCACGACUCCUCCGCCAACGCCGCUGCUCCCCGAGGCCACCUCAAGCGCUGUGUGGAGACCAGGGAGCGCGGCGAAGAGGAGCUACGACAGAGGGAGGCGCAGCAGCUCGACUUCCGCUCGCUUCUGGGACGGCGAUCUCUCAACGCCAAAAACCAGCAGGACGAGGAGCCGAGGGAGGCCGGCCCCGCCACCGCCACCGCUACCGCACCUGCCGCAGAGCAACGCCACGAGAUGGAUUUUAAGGCGAACCUCAAAGGCGUCAAAGCCAAGACGGAGGACGACCGCAAGGGGAACUCCCCGCAGCAGGUCGACUUCCGCGCCGUGCUGGGCAAGAAGGGCGCCGCGGUGCCCGGCAACGGCAACAAACCUGCAGAGGCGCCCGGGAAGAACGCCGCCGACUUCCGCUCCGUCCUCGCUAACAAGAAGAAGCCGGGGAGCCCCGAGAAAAAGCUGGGGAGCCCCGAGAAGAACGGCGAGAGCGUGAAGGCGGCGGCGGUGAACAACUGUGUGGACGGAGGGAUUAACGAGAAGAAGGCCGGCGGCGGCGGCGGCGGCGGCGGAGGGAAGGCGCCAGAGUUCGUGGAGAAGCUGAGCAACGUGACGGUGCUGGACGGCCAGCGGCUCCGGCUGCAGUGCCGCCUCGCCUCCUCCGACCCCGUGGGCGCCACCGUCUCCUGGACACUGGACGGGAAACUCAUCAAACCGUCCAAGUUCAUCAUCCUCGCCAACGAAGGCGGCCUGUGCUCUCUGACUAUAGACAAAGCUCUACCAGAGGAUGAAGGAGAAUAUAAAUGCAGAGCUGAGAACUCAGGAGGGAAAACCGAGUGUUCCUGUAUGGUUCUAGUAGACGAUCCGACAGAAAACUCUGUUGCUGACAAGAAGUCCAAGAAGGCGACUCCGACCUCAGAGAGUGAAGCCAGAAUAAAGAAACCGACCGCCAAGACUCCACCCAAACAAGCUCUGCCUCCUCAGAUCCUGCAGUUUCCGGAGGACAUGAAGAUCCUGGCGGGCGAGAAGGUCGAGAUCCUCUGCAAGUUCUCUGGAGCUCCGCCCAUCAACUGCACCUGGCUGAAGUUCAGGAAACCAAUCCAGGAGGGCUCGGCUGAUAUCUCCAUAGAGAGCAGUGACGUCAGCAGUAAGCUGACCAUCAGCAGCGGGCAGCAGGAGCACUGUGGCUGUUACACCAUCGAGCUGAGGAACAGCUUCGGCCUCCGCCAGGCCGCCCUCAACCUCACCAUCGUCGAUAAACCCGACCCCCCGGCGAGGGUCCCCUCAGCGUCAGACGUGCGGCGGUCCAGUCUGACUCUGUCAUGGUACGGUCCGACCUACGACGGGGGCAGCGCCGUGCAGUCCUACAACCUGGAGAUCUGGGACUCUGUGGAGCCGCAGUGGAAACUCCUGGUGUCCUGCAACAGCACCUCCUUCAACGUACAGAACCUUCUUCCAGAGCGCCAGUAUAAGUUCCGUGUCCGGGCGGAGAACAUCUACGGCGUCGGAGAGCCGAGCGCCGAAUCUGAACCCGUCACUGUUGGACUGGUGGAUGAUGAUGAAGAGGCUGAGGUCGAGGAGGAGGACGAGGACUCGGAGAAGGAGCCGGACUACAGAGACGUGAGCAUCAGAACAGACGUGAAGGUGAAGGAGCUCUACGACGUGGAGGAGAGGCUGGGAACGGGGAAGUUCGGUCAGGUCUUCAAACUGGUAGAAAAGGCGACGAAGAAGGUUUGGGCGGGGAAGUUCAUCAAGGCGUACUCGGCCAAGGAGAAGGAGAACGUGCGGCAGGAGAUCGGCAUCAUGAACAGCCUCCAUCACCCCAAACUGGUGCAGUGCAUCGACGCCUUCGAGGGCAAGUCGGACAUCGUCAUGGUGCUGGAGAUGAUCUCUGGCGGUGAGCUGUUUGAGCGGAUCAUCGACGAGGACUUUGAGCUGACGGAGCGGGAGGUGAUCAGAUACAUGCUGCAGAUCAUCGACGGGGUGAACUUCAUCCACAAGCAGGGCAUCGUCCACCUCGACCUCAAGCCCGAGAACAUCAUGUGCGUCAACAAGACGGGCGGCAAGAUCAAACUGAUCGACUUCGGCCUCGCCCGGCGGCUAGAGAACGCAGGAACUCUGAAGGUUCUGUUCGGGACUCCGGAGUUCGUGGCUCCAGAAGUGAUCAACUACGAGGCCAUCAGUUAUCCCACCGACAUGUGGAGCAUAGGAGUCAUCUGUUACAUACUGCUGAGCGGUUUGUCUCCCUUCAUGGGCGACAACGACAACGAGACUCUGUCCAACGUCACCUCGGCCACCUGGGACUUUGAGGACGAGGCCUUCGACGAGAUCUCUGACAACGCCAAAGACUUCAUCACCAACCUGCUGAAGAAAGACAUGAAGACGCGGCUCACCUGUGCUCAGUGUUAUGAACACACCUGGCUGAAGCAGGACACCAACACCAUGAAGGCCAAGAAGCUCUCCAAGGAGAGGAUGAAGAAGUACAUCCUGAGGAGGAAAUGGCAGAAAACGGGUCACGCCGUGCGAGCCAUCGGCAGGCUGUCGUCCAUGGCGAUGAUGGCGGGAGUUAGCGCCAAAAAGGGCUCGCCCACCGAAGAGGACAACCAGUUCCUGGAGUGUUUGGAGUUC